AGCCGUGCAUUUCACAGGAACACGCAAUCAGGGCAGCGCUCCAAGUCCCAAGUCCCAAGUCUCCAAUCCCAAAUGAGAGGGAUAGGCACGCCUGAGCAACGGAUUCGCCUACGUAGACGUACGCUGAAACCGUACCUGGGUGGACGCGCGAUUUUGCCUUGCUUAGAGGGAAGCACGCAGAAUGGAGCAUGAAGUUCUCGGCAUGCGUCUGAUGCUGUCCUGUCCUGUCCUGUCCUGUCUUACUCACUCAACGACACCGGAAAGCACCAACACUACGCCGCGCCACGCCAAUCGACCCAGGAGCGUAACAUCCCCCUCGAACUCGGGGAGUCAAGUCUCGAACUCCAAGAGCAACAGCAAACGCAAGGUCGAACAUCCCAGACAAACACGACCUGCUUUCAAGUAAACGUUGGUCGACUAUUCCCUUCUCACGGCUUUCCGGUCCGGUUCCCGGUUCCCUGUCUCCCUCCUGCUCCUGUUCACCUUUCCGGUCUCGAGAACGAACGAACAAUCUUUUUCCUCUUUACCUCUUCCUGCUUCCUUUCCCCCUCUCUCUUGCUCUUGCUCUUCCUCUCUUCUCUCGCAAUAGAUGUUUAACGGUUGGAAAUCGUCUGGGCUCGUC